AUGCUGAGCUUCUUAGAUGCCUACUCAGGCUAUAACCAAAUCCUCAUGUAUCCCCCAGAUGAAGAAUACACUGCUUUUAUCACAGAACAAGCCAAUUACUGCUAUUACGUCAUGCCGUUUGGACUUAAGAAUGCUGGAGCAACAUACCAGAGAUUAAUGGACAAGGUUUUUACUGACCAGAUUGGUCGUAACCUUGAGGUCUACGUUGACGACAUGGUCGUCAAAACGAAGUCAGCCACAGAUCACGCCCAAGACCUCGAGGAAAUCCUCCAACAAGUCAGAAGGUAUAACAUGAGAUUAAAUCCUAAAAAAUGUGUUUUUGGAGUUCAAGGUGGAAAAUUUUUAGGGUUCAUGAUUACUUGCCGGGGAAUAGAAGCGAAUCCAGACAAGUGUCAGGCGUUGAUCAACAUGAGGAGUCCCCAAAAUCAUAAAGAGGUGCAAAGAUUGACAGGCAGACUUGCCAGUUUAUCUCAGUUUAUUCCUAAGUUGGCAGAAAAAGCUAAACCUAUUUUUAACUUGCUCAAAAAACUCAAAGAUUUUCGUUGGGAUGACCGAUGUGAACAAGCAUUUACUGAUUUCAAACAUUUUUUUAUCUUCACCUCCCAUCCUGACCAAGCCUCCGGCUCAAGCCGAUCUCUGGCAACCAAGCAGAGAUACCAGACUAUAGAGAAGUUGGUCCUCGUCCUGAUAACAUCAGCUCGUCGCCUUCGACCCUAUUUUCAGAGCCAUCAGAUCGUAGUCAAGACUGACUAUCCUAUCAAACAGAUCCUUCAAAAACCCGAUCUUGCAGGUCGGAUGACAACAUGGUCAGUUGAGCUAUCUGAAUACGGAAUCAAGUAUGAAAGCCGAGGAGCCUUGAAAGCACAGUGUCUUGCCGAUUUCAUAGCCGAGCUCACCCCUAGCGUCCCAUUGGAGGAUCAAUGUUGGAUUUUACACGUUGAUGGCUCGUCUAACACCAAAGGUAGUGGAGCCGGAAUUAUUCUGGAAGGCCUUGAUGAUAUGAUGCUUGAAAUUGCAAUUAAGUUUGAUUUUCAAGCUACUAACAACCAGGCAAAGUAUGAAGCUCUACUUGCAGGUUUAAGGCUCGCGAAGGACGUCGGUGUUAAGAAACUCAGAUGUCAUAGCGAUUCCAAAUUAAUUACUGAGCAAGUCGAAGGAAGCUACCAAACAAAAGAACCUCAGCUACAAAGGUACAACCUUAUGGUCUCUCGUUUGACCUCUUCUUUUGACCAUUUUCAGAUCGAACAUGUCCCAAGAGCACACAUUAUUAGAGCUGACCUUUUAUCCAAGCUAGCCAGCACCAAGCGUCCAGGACAACACAAAACAAUUAUCCAGGAGACAAUUAGCGCACCAAGUUAUGAUUCAGUAGCAAUAUUGACUAAUAAUCCUGGUCAGUCCAGUUGGAUGCUAAGCAUUUGGCAAUAUCUCACAGACGGUACUUUACCGAGCGACAAAGUUGAAGCUUCAAAGAUCAAAGCCAAAUCUUGCCAUUUCACACUCGAAGCUGGUGAGCUGUUCAAAAGGGGAUUCUCAGUUCCCCUUUUAAAAUUCCUUAACUCAGAUCAGGCUGAGUACGUAAUGGACGAGAUCCAUAAAGGUAUUUGUGGUAUGCACUCUAGAGCUCGGUCCAUGGCUGCGAGGGUGGUCCGAGCUGGCUACUAUUGGCCAACUAUGAGGUCGGAUUGUAAAGCAUAUGUACAAAAAUGUCAAGCUUGUCAGAAAUUCGGCAAUCUGCAUCAGUUACCCGCAACAGUACUACACUCAAUGCAGUCAGCGUGGCCCUUUGCGUGGUGA